GCCAAGUCAGUGGACAUUUUUAAGGCAGAGAUAGAUAGAUUCUUGAUUAGUUCGCGUUAUGGAGAGAAGGCAGGAGAAUUUGGUUAAAAGGGACAGAUAGAUCAGCCAUGAUUGAAUCGCGGAGUAGACUUGACGGGCCGAAUGGCCUAAUUCUGCUCCAAUCACUUCUGAACGUAUGAAGUUUUAAACACGGUAUUUGAACAGAGGAAGCGUGGGAUGAGAGCAGAGGGUCGUGUGAUCGGUUGGACAGUGAGUUGGCGAGACGCCCUGAGACAAUUCGCCUCCAUCUUCGCGCCAAAUUCUUAAUGUCGAUUAAAAAAAGAUAAUGUCCAGGUAGCGGGCGGGCGGCUAAAGACGAGAAACUUUCCCCGUGAGCGAAACUAAAACGGAACGAUGCCAGUUUACCGCGAUAUGAAGGUGUUGGCAGUUGAUGGGGAGAGGGAAGGGGUUCGGGUAGAAUAUUAGCAUCGGUUAGCGCGGCCUGAGCAGGGAUUUUGUGAACCAAACUAUAGUGGAAAUGUUCGUUUUGUAAAAUGGAUUUGAAAUCACAGUUCGAUGUUAUUCACAACGGAAUGUCAGGUUUUGGGCGGUAAAUCAACCGGCGGUGAAUUAUUCUUAACACAGAGAGUGGUGAAUCUCUGGAACUCUCUACCACAGAAGGUAGUUGAGGCCAGACUAUAUUUAAGAGGGAGUUAGAUGUGGCCCUUGUGGCUAAAGGGAUCAGGGGAUAUGGAGAGAAGGCAGGUACAGGAUACUGAGUUGGAUGAUCAGCCAUGAUCAUAUUGAAUGGCGAAUGGUGCAGGCUCGAAGGGCCGAAUGGCCUCUACUCCUGCACCUAUGUUUCUAUGAAGGGAACGGGCUAUUUGAAUGGCACCGGAUGAGCCAGAUUUCUCCACAUGGUCUUGGCUUCUGGGUUCAACAACAAGGCACCGUCGGCACCGCGAUCUGUAGUGAAACGUUUCUCUAUUUCCCCUGUUUCAGUGUCUCGGAUAUCCAUGUUCCAGUCCCCGGCCGUUGUCACCGUUCGUGUCGGGGACCGGGCGGUUCUGAUCUGCAGCCCGAAUGUGAGCGUGUAUCCCGGGGAGUCGAUAGACUGGUUCACACAGCGCGGCCGAGGACGUCUGCAGUUCGUUUACAAAACGGCAAAAUACAUGCCUCCGAAGGGAAGAUUCUCGGGAAUGUUGCACAAAGAUCCAGGCAAAUAUGCCCUGGUGAUCGAGAAUGUCCAACAAAAUGAUUCCGGGAUUUACGUCUGCGCUACUCAGCUCGACAGAAGAUUUGGCAAUGGAUCCAAGCUGGUGGUGACAGCGGGUCCUGUAACCAUAUUCCUGUUGUCGCCGCCAUCGGGCGAGAUUCACCAGACCCAACCUGUGCCGCUGGUCUGUGUGGUGAGGGGCGUGUCUUCCGAUUCCGUGCAAAUCCACUGGAAUAUUUCGGGAAACGUUAGCAAAGGUCUGGUCGACUCCGGGACAUUUGACCCGGACGGGAGCUACAGUGUUCGAAGCCGAUUCAAGGUCUCGGCGGAACGUUGGCUCAGCGGCGCCGUCUGUACCUGCGUCGCGGGAAAUCUGAUCAGCCACGGUGUUGCCGCUCAGAAAGGUACGGUAGAAUCUAACUAUUCAUAGAAACAUAGACAAUAGAUGCAGGAGGAGGCCAUUCGGCCCUUCGAGCCAGCACCGCCAUUCAUUGUGAUCAUGGCUGAUCGUCCCCAAUCAAUAACCCGUGUCUGCCUUCUCCCCAUAUCCCUUGAUUCCACUAGCCCCUAGAGCUCUAUCUAACUCUCUCUUAAAUCCAUCCAGUGACUUGGCUUCCACUGCCCUCUGUGGCAGGGAAUUCCAUAAAUUCACAACUCUCUGGGUGAAAAAGUUUUUUCUCACCUCAGUCUUAAAUGACCUCCACUUUAUUCUAAGACUGUGGCCCCUGGUUCUGGACUCGCCCAACAUUGGGAACAUUUUUCCUGCAUCUAGCUUGUCCAGUCCUUUUAUAAUUUUAUAUGUUUCUAUAAGAUUCCCCCUCAUCCUUCUAAACUCCAGUGAAUACAAGCCUAGUCUUUUCAAUCUUUCCUCAUAUGACAGUCCCACCAUCCCAGGGAUCAAUCUGGUGAACCUACACUGCACUGCCUCAAUCACAAGGAUGUCCUUCCUCAAAUUAGAAGACCAAAACUGUACACAACACUCCAGA